UAGUACAUCCUUACAAAGUGUAGCUAAACAUGAAGAGAACAAAGGAUAGCAUAGCCAAAAUGUGGAAGCGUCUUAGUGGUCAAAAUGACUGCUGGGAGAAUUUGUUGGAACCCCUCGACAUUGAUCUUCGCCAAUACAUAAUACAUUAUGGAGAAAUGGCUGAAGCUACAUAUGAUGCCUUUGAUAGAGAGAAAAUAUCUAGGUAUGCAGGAAGUAGCCGAUAUGCGAAAAAGGAUUUCUUCUCUAAGGUGGGCUUAGAGAAUGGCAAUCCUUUCAAAUACCGAGUGACCAAGUUCUUGUAUGCCACAUCAAAUAUCAAAAUCCCCAAUGCCUUUAUCGUGAAGUCAUUAUCAAGGGAGGCAUGGAGCAAGGAAUCUAAUUGGAUUGGGUACGUCGCGGUAGCUACAGAUGAAGGGAAGGCCGAGUUAGGAAGGAGAGAUAUUGUGAUUGCUUGGAGAGGAACCAUACAAGCCCUGGAGUGGAUUGAUGAUCUAGAAUUUAAUUUGGUUUCAGCUUCCAAUUUACUUGGAGCUGAGCAUGAUCCUAAGGUGCACCAUGGUUGGCAUUCCAUCUACACUUCUGAUGACUCCCGUUCACCGUUCAAUAAGACUAGUGCCAGAAGCCAGGUACUUAGUGAGCUUAAUAGACUAGUUGAAGAAUUCCAAAAUGAGGAAAUCAGUAUAACUGUUACUGGCCACAGCUUGGGAGCAGCACUUGCAACUCUAAAUGCGAUUGACAUAGUUGCCAAUGGAUUUAACAAGCCCAAAGACCAGCCAGGGAAAUCUUUUCCAGUGACAGCAAUAGUAUUUGCCAGCCCUCAUGUGGGAGACUCCGGCUUCAAGAAAAAUUUCUCUGAACAUAAGGAUCUUCGAGUCUUGCGUAUACGUAAUGCUCCAGAUAUUGUUCCGAAAUAUCCAUUUAUAGGCUACUCUGAUGUUGGAGAAGAGUUGGAAAUAGAUACUCGCAAUUCGAGUUACUUGAAGAGUCCUGGAAAUUUAUCAACUUGGCAUGACUUGGAGGGUUACCUGCAUGGAGUUGCAGGAACACUAGGGAGUCGAGGAGGGUUCAGGUUGGAAGUUCCUCGUGAUAUUGCACUCGUGAACAAGAUGAUAGAUGCUUUGAAGGAUGAGUAUCUUAUUCCGGCUUCAUGGUUUUGUGUGAAGAACAAGGGUAUGGUUCAACUAGACGACGGUUCAUGGAAAUUGAUGGAUCAUGAAGAAGAUGAGAGGGAUCUUUAAAUGUUAAUAUAUGUGGUUAAAAUUACUUGUAGAAGUCAUUUCAUUACUUGGUUUAAGUUGCUUUUUGUUGCUUAUUAGAACUUUUUGGUUGUGUUCUUAGAUUUAAGAGUGGAAUAAAAAAUAUGAAGGGUUGUUUGUUUGUAAAGGGAAAAUAAAGAAGCCUUCCAGUGUGGGUUAUAAUGACAAUAAAUUCAUACAAGAUUCGUUUGGUUUA